AUGCGGUGGCCUGGGGGCGGCGGGGAGCAGUGUAUAAGAUCGGGAGGACCCCGCCUUCUGCCUGGACGAGUUAAAGAAGUCCGGGAGGCGGUGGAUUCCCACACGUGGGUACGGUUGACGUCUCCAUUUCACAAGUGUGGACACUCCUGCACCGGAGCCCCGCAGGCGGGCCGGGUCACGUGCCGUAGGCGGGCGCCCCCUGGCGCGGGGAGGGAAGUGCGGCGGCGGUGGCGGCCGGAGCGCGGGGAGCCGGGCCGCCCCUCCUUGUACUUCGGCGGGAGCAUCCCCGGCGGACGCGAGGACCGGGAGCUGUACGGAAGGAUCGUGUCGCGGCUGCGGCGCUUUGGGGCGGAGCUCACCGAGCACGUGGCGACCGCCGAUCAGGGCGCGCGCGGGGAAGAGGCUGCUGGGGGCGACAGGCUCAUCCAUGAGGGACCUGGCCUGGCUGCAGCAGGCAGAGGUGGUUGUGUAGAAGUGGCCCAGCCCUCUCUGGGUGUAGGCUACGAGCUGGGCCGGGCCGUGGCCCGCAAUAAACCAGUCCUGUGCCUGUUCCGCCCGCAGUCUGGCCGAGUGCUCUCAGCCACGAUCCGGGGAGCAGCCGAAGGCUCGCGGGUCCAGGUGUGGGGCUACGAGGCGGAAGAGGCAGCGGUGCUGGAUGGAUACUUUGCAGCGGAUCCUCCCGAGCGGGAGGCUGCUCCCCUGGCCCCCCCACUUGACCUCACCCCAGCUUAUUAA